AUGUCCAGCUCUUCAGUCACUGACCAGCUCUCGCUCCCAGAGAAGGGUUCCGAUGAGAUCCUGUCCGAGAAGGAUCAUGCGGAUCACGACGACGUAGAUUCCGCAUGGAAGAUACAGGAAGAAGAGGCCCUGGAAGAACGCAUUCAAAAUGAUGAGGCAACCGAAGAGGAAUAUCGAGUGGAGGAAGCGUGGGAGGUGGCCACAAAGGUAUUGUCCGCCAAAGAUGAUCCGGAGCUUCAAGCCAUCACCUUCCGAAGUAUUUUCCUCGGCCUCGGUUUCUCAGCAUUUGGGGCUGUACUCGCCCAGAUCUACUACUUCAAGCCUCAAACCCUGACGGUCUCGCAAUUGCUACUGCUGAUAUUGUCGUACUGGUUCGGGAAUGCCUUGCACAUAGUAUUGCCCUCGAAAGGAAUCUUCAAGCUCCUCAACCCGGGCCCAUUUAACAUCAAGGAACACGCCGCUAUCGUCAUUAUGUCGUCGACAGCCGCCACAUCGGCCGUCGCCAUACAAGUUAUUUCUGUUCAGGACCUGUACUAUAACAAUCGUAUGAAUCCGGCAGUGGCCAUAUUCACGCUCAUUAGCUCCCAGCUUAUCGGCUAUGGUUACGCUGGUCUCUUGCAAGAUGUCCUCGUCAAGCCGACUCGAUGCUUCUGGCCCGUCAACAUCUAUAUUGCGAACUUGUUCCAGGCUUUGCACUAUGAUCGCCAAAUGACAUCAAAGCGUGUGCGUCUGUUCUGGUUUGUCUUCGGCGGCAUAUUCCUUUGGGAGAUUGUCCCUGAAUGGAUCUUCCCUAUUUUGACCGGAGUCUCAAUAUUUUGUCUGGCUGAUAAUCAUAGCUCCGUCGUGCGGAACAUCUUCGGCGGGGCGAGCAACAACGAAGGAAUGGGCCUUCUGGCCCUCUGCUUCGACUGGAAUCUUAUCACUAGCCAAUAUCUAUAUGCUCCACUCUGGUUGCAAAUUAACGAGAAUAUUGGAAUUAUGCUGACAUACGUUCUCAUGGCCGCUAUGUACUACGGAAACGUCUGGAGGGCAAAGGAUUUCCCGUUCAUGAGCCAGGCGAUCUUUUCUGAGAAUGGUUCGCAAUACAACCAGACUGCAUUGCUCACGGACGGAAAGUUCGACCCUGUCAAAUAUGCUGAACUCGGGCCUGCAUUCUUUUCGGCUUCAAACGCACUCUAUCUCAUUGUCGCGAAUCUAUCACUUGGCGCUAUAGUGACUCAUAUCGGGCUCUAUCAUUGGAACGAUUUGAAGCCGUUUGUACUGUCUCUAAACCCUUGGAACAAGACACCGCAUUUGAUUUAUGACGUUCACUACGAGAAGAUGAAAGUGUACAAGCAGAUCCCGCGUUGGUGGUAUACAGUCAUUCUCGUUAUUGCAUAUGGCAUCGCACAAGCUACUGCGAUGAUUGGGUUCAAUCAAUUCGUAACUGGUGGAACUGGGUUCUACCAGAUGAUCACAGCAUACAUGGUACCUGGUCGUCCUGUGGCGAACAUGUACGGAGCAUUAUAUGGCGAACACCCUACACAACAGGGUAUCGCCUUCCUGCAAGACCUGAAACUCGGACAAUAUGUGAAACUAGCGCCACGCGUGACCUUCUGUUAUCAAAUGGCUGGGACGGUGGUUGGAGCAUUGCUCAAUUAUGUCAUGAUGCUCUCUAUUAUCAACGCGCAACGACCGGCACUUCUCUCCAUCUCUGGAACCCGACUCUGGUCCGGUCAGAAUGCACAGGCAUAUAACUCUAAUGCCGUGGCUUGGGGAGCUUUAGGCCCAGAAAUGUUUGGUCCGCACUCAACGUAUCAUAUGGUCCCAAUCUCUUUGGCUAUUGGACUGUUUUGUCCGUUGCCAAUGUAUAUCGCUCAUCGCCUGUGGCCGAAGUCUGGGCUCAACAAUAUCAACACGACGAUUAUAUUGCAAUAUUCAUGUGUUCUGUCCGUCGGAGUGAACACGCAAGUCAAUACUAUGAUGGCUUCUGGCAUCAUCUCGCAAUGGUGGAUCCGUACCCGUUACCCGCGAUGGUUUGCGAAGUAUAACUACAUUGUCGCUGCGGGACUAGAUGCAGGCACACAAGUCAUUAUAUUUCUACUCAACUUUGCCAUCUUUGGUGCUGCUGGCAAUCAACAUCAAUUCCCUCAAUGGUGGGGCAAUGACGGAAACUUAUCUGCGGACCGCUGCGUGCUGCCUCCUCAAUGA